UCCGCAGUUCUGAUGGAAUAAAUCCAGCACUCCCAGUCAUCCGCCCACACUAGCCACACUUCCCCUGCGGAAACAAGCCCAGAGAACAGAACCAUCGGCAGCAUGUGGUGGCUCAAGGUUCUACUGUUGCUGCCCACGGUGAGCUUUGCGCUCUACCCUGAGGAGCUACUGGACACCCAAUGGGAGCUAUGGAAGAAGACCUACAGGAAGCAGUAUAACAGCAAGGUGGAUGAAAUCUCUCGGCGUUUAAUUUGGGAAAAAAACCUGAAGCAUAUUUCCAUCCAUAAUCUUGAGGCCUCUCUUGGUGUCCACACAUAUGAACUGGCAAUGAACCACUUGGGGGACAUGACCAGUGAAGAGGUGAUUCAGAAGAUGACUGGACUCAAAGUACCCUCAUCCCAUUCCCGCAGUAAUGAUACCCUUUAUAUCCCAGACUGGGAAGGCAAAACCCCGAACUCCAUUGAUUAUCGAAAGAAGGGAUAUGUUACUCCUGUCAAAAAUCAGGGUCAAUGUGGUUCCUGUUGGGCCUUUAGCUCUGUGGGUGCCCUGGAGGGCCAGCUUAAGAAGAAAACUGGUAAACUCUUAAAUCUGAGUCCCCAGAACCUGGUGGAUUGUGUGUCUGAGAAUGAUGGCUGCGGAGGGGGCUACAUGACCAAUGCCUUCCAGUAUGUGCAGAAGAACAGGGGCAUUGACUCUGAAGAUGCCUACCCAUAUGUGGGCCAGGAUGAAAGUUGUAUGUACAACCCAACAGGCAAGGCAGCUAAGUGCAGAGGAUACAAAGAGAUCCCCGAGGGGAAUGAGAAAGCCCUGAAGCGGGCAGUGGCCCGAGUGGGCCCCAUCUCCGUGGCCAUCGAUGCAAGCCUGACCUCCUUUCAGUUUUACAGCAAAGGUGUGUAUUACGAUGAAAACUGCAAUAGUGAUAAUCUGAACCAUGCGGUUUUGGCAGUGGGAUAUGGGAACCAGAAGGGAAAAAAGCACUGGAUAAUUAAAAACAGCUGGGGAGAAAACUGGGGAAACAAAGGCUAUAUCCUCAUGGCUCGGAAUAAGAACAACGCUUGUGGCAUUGCCAACCUGGCCAGCUUCCCCAAGAUGUGACUUCAGCCAGCCAACCCUAUCCUGCUCUUCCAUUCCUUCCGUGGUGGCGCAACGAUGAGUACUGUGGAAGGGAGUUGGUGUGCCUUUCUUGAAGCAGAUGUAGUGAUACAGAGAUUGUGUGUUCAGUCUCCCCAUUCGUUUGUACUUCAGGCAACACUGCUACUACUUUCCUUCUCUCCACCCAUGGCCUUUAUUUUUCACUGUGGCCACAGUAGGAGUGUCCCUAACAGGUGUGCAUUCUUAGGCUAAGAGAUGUGACCACAGCCUAGCCUGACCAGGUUGUUUGGGGCUGAUGCUGUGCAAAUAAUUACAAGCUUGAACUCUUCAGAUAGGCUCAAUUCUCAUUCAUAGGGCCUGGUUAGCUUUGACCACUCUAGGGGAUUAAGGAAAUCUGACUUGUCCAUCUCCAAGUUCACUUCUGUAUCCCAAGGUAGAAAUAUCAAUGUUUUAUACCCCAAUUCAUAAAUCUUUUCAUCAGUUUUUGGUACAAGUGAACAUGAUACAAGAAAUGUAUUUCCUUUUUUCUCCUUUGCAUUUUAUAAGUAAAUCUAGUAUUUAUCUUUGGUCUAUAACGUAAUAAAUA